GGGGUGGAGCAGAACAGACAGACUAUUCAAUUUCCCAAUAUCUAGGCGUAAUUAUCCGCUUUAACAGUGUCUAGGGUUUUGCGUCUUUUAAUCUUUCUUUUAUAUAUAUUCCUUUUCUCUGAUUGGGGGCUUUCGAAAAGUGAAUCAAAGAUUUUUUUUUUUAAUCUUCCGCCAUGAGUGAGGAAGCUCUUAGGGUUGCAGAAGAAUCGAACCGACGAGCUGUUCCACUUAGGGUGCCUAGAGCUUGUACGUUAGUACCGGUCGAUUACGCAGAGCAACUGAUUAGCAACGAUGAUGACGAAGAUUUGGGAAGCAAGCCGAAGCCUAAACGGGGAAGACCUCGUAAAAAUCCUGAAGGUACGAAUGAUACGCCGAAGGCUAAACCGGUCAGGCCUCGGAAGAAUCCCGAAGAAGAAGAAGACCAGAAGACGAGUGAUAAACCGAAGGCUAAAUUAGGCAUUCCUCCGAAAAAUCCCGAAGAAGAAGACAAGAAGACGAGUGUUAAACCGAAGGCUAAACCGGGAAGGCCUCGGAAAAAUCCUAAGAUGAAUGAUACACCGAAAGCUAAACCGGGAAGACCUCCCAAAACUACGAGUGAUACACCAAAGGCUAAACCGGGCAGGCCUCGGAAGAAUCCUGAAGAAAAUCAACAGACUAAUUAUACACCAAAGGCUAAACCGGUCAGGCGUCGGAAGAAUCCUGAAGAAGAAGAAGACCGGAAGACUAAUGAUAAGCCGAAGGCUAAACCGGGCAGGCCACGGAAAUAUCCCGUCAACGGAGAAGACGAAAAGUCAACGGAGAAAGUUGACGAAUGUGUUAACGGGGUCGCUUGUGUAGAGAAGGAGGAGAAUGGAGCUGGCCAGAUUAUUCCUUAUGAUAAUGGAAUGCCAAGGUUCGAUAAGGUCUAUGCGUCUCGUAAAAGGCCGUUGAAAGAAGUCGAUGGAGAAGAUAAGGAGAAUAAGGAGGAAGUUACUGUUAAGGUGAGCAAGAAGAGGCCUAGGAAAGUGGUGAUAGGUUGUCUCAACAAAGACGAGGAAAAUGCUGAAGAAUCGGAGUCCAUGAUGUGUCAUCAAUGUCAACGAAACGAUAAUGGGGAGGUAGUGCGGUGUCAGAAUUGCUGCAAUAGGAAACGUUAUUGCCACAAAUGCUUAGCAAAUUGGUACCCUCACAUUCCACAUGAAGACAUUGCCACGAAAUGCCCCUUUUGCUGGAAUACUUGCAAUUGCAGAGCAUGCUUGCGUCUAGAUACUAAAAUGGAAUUAAAUUCCGACCUCAAGGUCAGCAAGGAUGAAGAAAUCCAAUGCUCUAAGUAUAUUCUGAAAAAGCUUCUCCCACAUCUGAAGGAAAUAAACGAUGAACAAGUUCUUGAGAUGGAAGCUGAGGCAAAUAUAUCAGGACCGGCGUUUGGAGAGGUGAAGCCUGAAGACAUUAACUGUGACCCUAAAGAAAGACUAUACUGUGAUAGCUGCAAGACUGCGAUCUUUGAUCUUCAUAGACAUUGCUCGAUCUGUGGUUCUGAUAUCUGCAUUGCUUGUGCCAUGGAGAUCCGAAAAGGAAAGCUUCAGGCCUGUCAGGAGGAUGUUUCUUGGAAUUAUAUUAGCAGAGGUUUCGAUUAUCUACAUGGAGGAAAAGAAAAAAAUGUUACGGAUGAUAAGCUGGAGCUGGAUUCAUUACUUGCUAUUGUCAAGUCCUCAUCUACUUGGAAAGCAGACCAAGUUGGAAUCAUUACUUGCUGUUGUGGUGAGGGUUUUCUAGAGUUGAAAAGCAUACUUCCUGAUGGUUGGGUAUCAGAAUUGGUCAAAAAGGUUGAAGAAACUGUUGAAGCCAAUAAUCUUUUUGAUUUACCUGAAAUGGCCACAGAGAGAUGCCCUUGUUUUAACUCUGAAGGUCAUAUUGACAUUGAAACCAACAAAAACUUGUUAAAGGCUGCAUGUCGACAAGGAUCAGAAGACAAUUAUCUAUAUUUUCCAAGUUCUCAGGAGAUUAAUCUGAAGCAUUUCCAGCAUCAUUGGGCAAAAGGAGAGCCUGUGAUUGUGAGGAACGUGCUUGAGGCCACAGCUGGUUUAAGCUGGGAACCAGGCGUUAUGCAUCGUGCCUGCCGUCAGAUAAGAAAUACCAAGCAUGAAACACUUCUGGAUGUUAAUGCUAUUGAUUGUCUGGACUGCUGUGAGGGAUCGAUUAAUCUUGCUGAAUUCUUUGCCGGUUACAAAAAGGGCCGUUAUGAUCGUAAGGAUUGGCCAAGUGUUCUGAAACUGAAAGAUUGGCCUCCUUCGAAGAGCUUCAAGGAAAACUUGCCGCGUCACUGUGAGGAGUUCUUAUGCAGUUUGCCGUUGAAGCAGUACACUCACCCGGUUAGUGGGCCUUUAAAUCUCGCCGUGAAGUUGCCUGAUGAGUGCUUAAAGCCAGACAUGGGACCAAAGACUUACGUUGCUUAUGGAUUUGCCCAAGAAAUGGGCCGUGGAGAUUCAGUAACCAAGCUCCACUGCGACAUGUCUGAUGCGGUUAAUGUGCUGACGCACAUAAGUGAAGUGACCAUUAAAGAUGAUAAAAAGAAUUCCAAAAUAGAAAAACUGAAGAGGAAGCAUGCUGAACAAGAUGUCAAGGAGCUGUUUUGCUCGGUUUCUAACUACAAGGAAAAGAUGGAGAUUCUUGAAAACACAAGUGAAGAAGAAGUCAAGAACCUUGAAGCUGAUGGAGGAGCUCUUUGGGACAUUUUCCGUAGAGAAGAUGUUCCAAAAUUAGAGAAAUACCUUCUGAGUCAUCACAAAGAGUUCCGUCAUUUCUUCUGCUCCCCCGUGUCUAAGGUGGUUCAUCCAAUACAUGACCAGUCUUUCUAUCUGACGCGAUAUCAUAAAAUGAUUCUGAAAGAAGAAUACGGCAUUGAGCCAUGGACGUUUGUUCAGAAGCUUGGAGAUGCUGUGUUAAUACCUGUAGGCUGCCCUCAUCAAGUCAGGAACUUGAAGUCUUGUACAAAGGUGGCACUUGACUUCGUCUCACCUGAAAAUAUCAGUGAGUGUUUCCGCUUAACAAAGGAGUAUCGUCUGCUACCCCCAAACCAUCAUUCAAAAGAGGACAAGUUGCAGAUAAAGAAUAUGGUAGUGUUUGCAAUCGAUAAGGCUCUCAAAGACUUGGAUCCAAAUUAUAAGUCUCCUGUAGCUAAAGAGGAGAAAAAUGUGAGGAAGACGACUGGAAGGAAGCGUAAAAACUGACAGAUUACGAAUGGAGCUAUUGUUUUGGAUUAUCUGUCUGUUGUUGUUGUUUUAGUAUUAGCAAAGGAGCGUGUGAGAAGAAAUUUUCUUUUGUACCUUCUCCUCCUUAAUCACCUAACUCUAUACUCUGUUGUCGAAGUUUCUGAAGCUGUAGUAACUAAACUCAUGAUAUUGUGGAAAUAUAAUUUAAUUCUUGAUUAGAUUGA